UUGCGAGGUGGCACACGUAAACAAUCGCGGCGUGGAAACGGGAAGUGUGUUCAUUUGCCAUAUACCUUUCGUGCAAUUUCUUGAAAAUACUAGGAUUUAAUUGUGUCAUCAAGAUCCAGUAUGUCGAGAAGUGCCGGGACAUUAGUAACAACCCACAAUGCCACUUAUAUUCCUCCAAGAUUUAUGCCAGGAUACCGUGGUCACUGUCCAGCCCUGAAGUUUGACUAUGGAGAGACCUAUGGCAACGCCACAGCAAAAUACUUCCAGGACUACAGAUCAACAGUGCUGAGCAGCUCCCAGAGUGUGUGGUGCAAGGGUGGCAGGUUCCCUACAUACUACACACACGACCCCUCUUCUGUAAUAGGAGCUAGGACACGUACAAGAGACAGGUGGUUGGAUGCUCCCAAGUACAGACUCUAUAAUGUAGACCAUGAUAGAAAUGAGGAACUUAAGCAAUUUGAUAAGCUUGCCCAGAAACACAGAGAACACUUCAAUGACAAGAGUGCUACAGUAAAGCGUGUAGAUGCAUUCAUGUUACCAGUCAAGGCUGAAGAUCAGUUUAAACAGCAUGUACCAUUCAUGAUUCUGUCAACGCGUCACACAGAUGACAUUUUCUUACCGGACAUUAAGAACCUGUCCAACAGAGAUCCACUUAUCAAGAGGAUAGUACCAAAAUCCAAUGUAAGGGACAGAGCAAUGAGAGAUGUGGUCUUUGAGAGGAGAUAAAAAUGCAUGCAAACUCUUCCACAAUUUUGGUAAACAUCAAGCAUGUAGCAUCUACCAUUAGAUAGCCAUGACAUUGAAAAGGGAAUGGGGAGCCAGGAACAAUUUUUUAGGCGAUACACUUUAUGGCUCUGGCUUUAUUAACAGACUCUUGAUUUUCCUUUGUUACUAUAAUUAAUCAUUUACUAAGAGUAUGAAAUGCUGAAGUCCAAUCUUGGAACUAAAUUGAAGAUUUGAGAAAUAUGUGGUGUCUCAUCUUUCAUAUUGUUGGACUUUGCAACCUUUUUUCCUAAGUCAAAAAAUAUAUCAACAAGUUCAGUAGCUGGGAAGCAGUCUCAAAUUAAUGAUUUUGUAAGAUUGCUAACAAGAUCUAUUUCUGAUCUAACAUUUUGUCAAUUUUGUAAGUGGAAUUUACAUCUCUGUUUCAAUGAUGGUGAUAAAAAAACAAUCUGAAUUGAUAUUACAUUAAAGGAAGGAAUUGCCUAUUUAAAAUGACCAGAAUUUAAAUGUGGUUCAAAAUAUUUUGCUCAGUCUUAACAAUUCUUGCUCAUCAUAAGCCAAAUAUUUUAAACCUCUAUUUCAUUUUAUAUCAUAGCUUGACAAUUGCUCAUAGAAGUGAAUCUCAUUAUUUCUGUUUAAAUUGUAGUAGACAAUAUAUACGAAGAUUUUUUUUCAAUAAUUUAGCAAUUAAGAGGUACAAUGUACUUGUAAUGCUCAGUUGCAUUUUGUUUAGGCAAUACUCUAUGAAAUCGAACACUUUCAGACUGACUAUUAAUAUAUGUGAUAUUAUGUGUAGUGAUUCAAGUGCUUUCAAUUUGUGUACUUUAAAUUACUUAUAUUUUUUCUAUUUAGAUUAAAAUGAAUAAAAUUAGGGAUUUAAAAUAAA